CUGGCAGUGCCCGUACAAAAAAGCACAAGCACAGGAGAGAGCGCGGACUGCUGGUGUACGCCUAAAGCCUGGGUGCAUCUGGGGCAAGCUUCAGGACCCGGGGCCGGAGGGCUUUGAAUCGGGGUUCCUCCAACUGACAAUAGGAGCCCCGAGGAGCUUGAGUUCAGGAGUGAAGCCUCGGCCCGGCCAAGCCACCUCGAAGGAAUGGUUCCGGACAGUGCACCACUAGAGCCUGUGGACCCCCGCUGCGGCCGACCGAGAACACGCCAGCCACUGAAGGCGGAAAUCACUGCCGGAGAGCUAGCGGACUGCGGCAGCACUACCAGCAUACACGGCGGUGGGCGGAACCGGAAACUCCGGGCGCGUGGCUGGUGGGCCAGGCGGCGCGGCUGAGGCCCAGGGGGCGGGCCCGGCUCUCUCUGGACAGCUGAUUGGUCGGCCCCCGGCAGCGCGGCCGUGGCUCCUGGAACUGUCAUCUCCGAGGGAACGGGAGGCCACACCGAGAUAAAGCGAGAUACGACCUAAUAAGUGUAUUUUAGAUGUGGGCAUCACUUUGGGAAGAUGGAAGAGCUGAGUCAAGCCCUGGCUAGUAGCUUUUCUGUGUCUCAAGAUCUGAACAGCACAGCUGCCCCACACCCCCGCCUGUCCCAGUACAAGUCCAAGCACAGUUCCUUGGAGCAGAAUGAACGGCGCCGUCGGUUGUUGGAACUGCAGAAAUCCAAGCGGCUAGAUUACGUGAAUCAUGCCAGAAGACUGGCUGAAGAUGACUGGACAGGGAUGGAGAGUGAGGAAGAGGAAGAUAAGAAAGAUGAUGAAGAGAUGGACAUUGACACUGGCAAGAAGUUACCAAAACGCUACGCUAAUCAAUUGAUGCUGUCUGAGUGGUUAAUUGACGUCCCUUCGGAUUUGGGGCAGGAAUGGAUUGUGGUCGUGUGUCCUGUUGGAAAAAGAGCUCUGAUUGUGGCCUCCAGGGGUUCUACCAGCGCCUACACCAAGAGUGGUUACUGUGUCAACAGGUUUUCUUCCCUUCUGCCAGGCGGCAACAGGCGAAACUCAACAACAGCAAAAGACUACACCAUUCUGGACUGCAUUUACAGUGAGGUGAACCAGACCUACUAUGUUCUGGAUGUGAUGUGCUGGCGGGGACACCCUUUUUAUGAUUGCCAGACUGAUUUCCGAUUCUACUGGAUGCAUUCAAAGCUACCAGAAGAAGGACUGGGAGAGAAAACCAAGCUCAAUCCUUUUAAAUUUGUCGGACUAAAGAAUUUCCCUUGUACUCCGGAGAGCCUGUGUAAGGUGCUGUCUAUGGAUUUCCCUUUUGAGGUAGAUGGACUCCUCUUCUACCACAAGCAGACCCACUAUAGCCCUGGAAGCACUCCUCUGGUGGGCUGGCUGCGCCCCUACAUGGUGUCAGAUGUUCUUGGCAUAGCCAUGCCAGCCGGCCCGCUGACCACCAAGCCGGAAUACGCCGGGCUCCAGCUCCAGCAGAUUAUUGAGCAUAAGAGAAGCCAGGAAGGCAUGAAGGAGAAUGUUGCACACAAGGCAUCCGAGAACGGGCGCUAUGAGUUGGAACACCUGUCCACCCCCAAGCCGAAGAGUCCUUCCGGUAGCCUGGACCCCGCAGAGAGCCUCAUGGAGAACUAAACAGCGUGGCUCCUUGUGGAAUCACAGGAUGGUGCUUCGUCCCAAAAAGAAGGCUGGGGAGGAAGAUAGUGACAACAUCAGGUUAUUUCAUUUUAGAGUGGACUUUCCAAAGCCACUCCAGCUGGAUAUAGCUUAUCUCCUAUCAGAAAUGCUGGCUCAGACCACUGAAUGAGGUUCCCAGAUUGGGUGGUCUUUGGAUUUGAGCAGUAAUUCCUGUAAAAAGUAUAUCCCAGAUAUUCACAGUGUAAAUAUAGGUAAUUCUUACGAAA